ACCAGGCGCAUUACCUUUGGAAAAGCCAAAAAGAACUAUUCAAAGAUUAACAAACGUUCAAGAAGAGCAGUUUCUAUUAUUUUUCCAGGAUAAAGACAAUGUUUCAAUAAGCUCAUAUCAUCGUGACGUAUCUAGACGGUAUGAAAAAACUGCCUUUAUGGCACAACUAAGUGAAUUAUCAAAUCUUAAAUACCGUGAAUAUCUUAGUGGACUUU